AUCUGCUAAAUAGCAAAAAUGCCACGAAUUCCAUUGGUUCAAAGUAAAACCUACACGACUCCUCGACGACCGUUCGAAAAGGAGCGUUUGGAUCAAGAGUUGAAGUUAAUUGGUGAAUAUGGAUUGAGAAACAAGAGAGAAGUCUGGCGAGUGAAAUACACACUAGGAAAGAUUCGAAAAGCUGCCAGAGAAUUGCUGACACUUGACGAAAAAGAUCAACGUCGUCUCUUUGAGGGCAAUGCACUGCUUCGUCGACUGGUACGAAUUGGUGUGCUUGACGAGGGAAAGAUGAAACUUGAUUAUGUAUUGGGGUUACGACAAGAAGAUUUCUUGGAACGAAGAUUGCAGACCCAAGUGUUUAAACUUGGUUUGGCCAAGAGCAUCCAUCAUGCACGUGUGCUUAUUCGACAGAGGCAUAUUAGAGUUCGAAAACAAGUGGUGAACAUCCCAUCCUACCUAGUGAGACUGGAUUCACAGAAACAUAUUGACUUCUCCCUGAGAUCUCCGUAUGGUGGUGGUCGUCCAGGUCGUGUCAAGCGAAAGAAUGCCAAGAAAGGAAGUGGAGCUGCUGCUGCUGAUGAAGAUGAGGAUUAAUUUCAGUGAACUUUCCUAAUGCAGAACUAAAAAUGUGUAUGGCCGAGUGCUCUCUGUAAUAAAUCAAAGAACACU